UUUACCUGAGCGGAGCGGCGCGUCUCUCCGCUGCGGUCCUGACGCGGGAUUAUUAUAAACACGGAGGAAAAGUGUCUUUAUAAACUUUAUCUUGUGGAUUCAAUUCUCUGUGUGUGUAGCGUCAGACAAACGCGAUGCAGCAGCCACAGAACGCGCCGCAGAUGAACGCGGAGAACGCGGAUCCCGCAGAUGCGUUCGUGAAGCGGCGGCGGACGGCUCUCUGGUGUUCGGUGUCUCUGUUCGGACUCUCUGUUCUGGUUCUGGUGGUCGGGCUGCUGUCGGCCACGCAGACGGACAACGUGGCCGUGUCUGGAUACUAUCCCGGGAUUAUACUGAGUUUUGGAGCGUUCUUGGGAAUCGUUGGUCUGAACCUGGUGGAGAAUCGCAGGCCGAUGCUGGUGGCGUCCAUCAUCUUCAUCAGUCUGGGUGUCGUGUCGUGUUUUCUCUGCUCCAUCAUCGACGGCAUCAUCGCAGCUGAGUUCAUUGACAGGAGGCCGCUGAUGGAGGGCCGCUGUGAGUUUUACACCAGCACUUCUUACGGCUAUGACAACUACUACGCUGAGGUUCUCUGUCAUUCCUACGGUAAUCAGUGUAAACUCAAGGUGAAGAGCAACACCUGCUACUGCUGUGAUUUAUUCCACUGUGACAGCGUGGACUAUCAUGUGCAGUACUAUGAGUUCACGGGCGUGAGCAGCUGUUGGGACGUGGUGAAUCUGUACCGUCUGCUGUGGGCCUGUGUGACGCUCAAUGUGCUCGGUGUGUUUCUGGGCAUCAUCACCGCCGCCGUCCUCGGAGCCUUCAAAGACCUGUCUCCUGCGGCUCACAGUCACAUGACACCCAGUCCGGCUCCGCCCCCUCACAUUCUGUACAACCCCACCCAACACCUGAUCACCUACACUGGCUUCUGCCCAUCCGGACAAACUCUACCUGCCUACCCAAACUACCCGCUGCCCAUGCAGCAUCUGAACGGUUAUCCAGCUCCGGCUGCAGGUCAGUCCGUCCCCGAGGUCUCGACCUCCCCGUCCGACGAGACACAAGCAGCAUGUCAGAGCGGGGCGAACCCAGCCGUACCGACUCAAUCCACAUCUCAGGACAGCAGCGGCUACAUGCUGACUCCAAACGCUCCCUCGCUCUACGCUCACUCAUUAGGGCCCUUCGAGAAGCCUCCGCCUUACGCCUGCUGAAAACACCUGAAGCAGGAACACUGACCUCUAAUGGGCGUCUGACCCCUGUGACCUCCAUCGCCACCGCUGCUGCUAAAGAUCUCAGAAAGAGUCUAUGUAGUCAUCACUUAAUCUUGUAGCAAAUGUGAUCGAUGUUAUUCUCUGGUAGUUUUCAAAACCUCUGAACUUUAGCUUUUUAACGUCUUCUUCCUUUGGUGGGAUCUUCAUAGUUUGCUUCAUUGAGUCAUAUCGGGCUGAAAUACUCAGUGCAAAAACUCAAGCUCCGUUUCAUGCACUGUUGUGUUCAUGCACUCAUCAACGCGUCCCAUCCUCAGCUUCAGCGCACAGAUCACUUUAAGCUGCUUUAGUCUUCUGCGGUCAGAUCAACUACUGUCACAGUGAAGCGUCAGUCUGAGGAGAAUCCUGCUGAGAACGGUCAAGUGUUGACGUGUUUCUAUCAGAUUCCUGAAUAACACAUCUGGUUUAAUAACAGACAUGUGUUCAGUCCUGAUGUAAGACAACAAUUCACAUGAUGUACAACACAUCCAGGGGUUGGAUUCACAAAACAUUAUUAAGAAAAAAAAAACUUCCUAACUGCCACUUUCUUCUUCAAUAACAAAAAAGAAAGUUUAAGUAAAGAAUAUUUGUUUCGCAUCACUGUAAGACCAUCUUUCAGCACAUUUAUUUGUACAAGUGAAAGUUCUCAAAACUUUAAAUUUCAUAUGAAUGUUCUUUAAAAUCAUCAACUUGUCUUAAAUCUCCAUAGAUAUGAGUAAUAAAUUUAUUGGUUAUUGACAUUCAUGACCACUGUCAGAUAUUACUUUCAUAAUCAGCACGUAAAUUCUCCUGUUGU